GCGCGCGUUUAUCUCGGCCGACUUGCAGUCAUGGCAGCCGCGGCCACGAUGGCGACUUCGGGCUCCGCGCGGAAGCGACUGCUCAAGGAGGAGGAUAUGACCAAGGUGGAGUUCGAGACCAGCGAGGAGGUGGAUGUGACACCCACGUUCGACACCAUGGGCCUGCGGGAGGAUUUGCUGCGCGGGAUCUACGCUUACGGUUUUGAAAAGCCGUCCGCAAUCCAACAGCGAGCUAUCAAGCAGAUUAUUAAAGGGAGAGACGUCAUUGCGCAGUCUCAGUCUGGCACCGGCAAAACGGCCACGUUCAGCAUCUCGGUCCUCCAGUGUCUGGAUAUUCAGGUUCGUGAGACCCAAGCUUUGAUCCUGGCCCCCACCAGAGAGUUAGCCGUGCAGAUUCAAAAGGGCCUGCUUGCUCUUGGUGACUACAUGAAUGUCCAGUGCCACGCCUGCAUCGGGGGUACAAAUGUCGGGGAAGACAUCAGGAAGCUGGACUAUGGGCAGCACGUGGUGGCUGGCACACCGGGCCGUGUCUUCGACAUGAUUCGGCGCAGGAGUUUAAGGACACGUGCAAUCAAGAUGUUGGUCUUGGAUGAGGCUGAUGAAAUGUUGAAUAAAGGCUUCAAAGAGCAGAUUUAUGAUGUGUACAGGUACCUGCCUCCGGCCACACAGGUGGUUCUCAUCAGCGCCACGCUGCCUCACGAGAUCCUGGAGAUGACCAACAAGUUCAUGACGGACCCCAUCCGCAUCCUGGUAAAACGUGAUGAGCUGACUCUAGAAGGCAUCAAGCAGUUCUUUGUGGCUGUGGAGAGGGAAGAGUGGAAGUUCGACACAUUGUGUGACCUGUACGACACGCUGACCAUCACUCAGGCUGUCAUCUUCUGCAACACCAAACGGAAGGUUGACUGGCUGACAGAGAAAAUGCGGGAAGCCAAUUUCACCGUCUCGUCAAUGCACGGAGACAUGCCUCAGAAGGAACGCGAGUCGAUCAUGAAGGAGUUCCGCUCAGGUGCCAGCCGAGUGCUCAUCUCCACAGACGUCUGGGCCAGGGGGCUAGAUGUCCCUCAGGUGUCCCUCAUCAUUAAUUACGACCUGCCCAACAACAGAGAAUUAUACAUACACAGAAUUGGGCGAUCCGGUCGGUAUGGCCGGAAGGGUGUGGCCAUCAAUUUUGUGAAGAAUGAUGACAUCCGCAUCCUCCGUGACAUCGAGCAGUACUACUCCACUCAGAUUGACGAGAUGCCCAUGAACGUUGCUGAUCUCAUCUGA